UCUUACAGCGACACACACACACACACACACACACACACGCCAUCAUGGCGAUCAGGUGGGGAAUCUGCAGCGCUGGGAAAAUCAGUCAUGACUUUACAGUGGCACUGAAGACUCUCCCAGCAGAAAAUCACCAGGUGUUGGCGGUGGCGGCUCGUGAGCUGAAGCACGCUCAGGAGUUUGCGCAGAAGCACAGCAUCCCGCGCUCCUAUGGAAGCUAUGAAGAACUGGCCAAAGAUCCGGAGAUCGACGUGGUGUACGUGGGCAACAUCCACCCUCAUCAUCUGUCGGUGGGCGUUCUCUUCAUGAACGCUAAGAAGAAUGUUCUCUGUGAGAAACCGCUGGCCAUGAACCUGAAGGAGGUCCAGGAGCUGAUCGCCUCGGCCAAGAAGAACAACGUCUUCCUCAUGGAGGCCGUCUGGACGCGUUUCUUCCCGGUGUCGCUGGAGAUCGGUCGUCUGCUGUCGCGGGGCGAGGUGGGCGUGAAGGUGGUGCGAGCGGAUUUCGGCGUUCCUCUCACACAUGUACCUCGCACCGUUCAGAAAGAGCUGGGAGGAGGAGCGCUGCUCGACAUCGGCAUCUACUGCGUACAGUUUGUGCUCAUGGCCUUCAACGGAGAGAAACCGGAGACCAUACAAGCAACCGGAGUCUGUCUGGACACUGGUGUAGAUGAAGCGAUGGUGGUCACGCUGAAGUUCUCUGGACAGCGAUUGGCCGUCUGCACCUGCACAAUCACCGCCGAGCUUCCAAACGAAGCCGUGAUCGUCGGGACCAAAGGCACCAUCAAGGUUCCGGCUCACAUGUGGUGCCCGACGUCUCUGGUGGUGAACGGUGUGGAGACUCAGUAUCCGGUGCCGGAGCCGUCUCUGCCGCUGAACUUCAUCAACAGCACCGGCAUGUGUUACGAGGCCGAGGAGGUCCGCCGCUGCUUACUCAACGGUCUGAAGGAGAGCUCGCGCAUGUCUCACGCAGACUCUGCGCUGCUGGCUGAGAUCAUGGAUGAAGCCCGGCGGCAGGUGGGCGUGGUCUACAGCCAGGACAGCCAAUGAGCUUUCAGCUGCUCAUAUCAUCACCUUUACAAUAGGUUAAUAAAGGUUUCUGGUGCUCUUACAGCUGCUCUUUUGUAUUGAUUCAACCACAAAAUAAAAUCACAAUUUUUA